UCUAUUUUUACUGAGGCGCGUGGAGUAAAUCACUGUUUUCUUAUAAUACAGAGAGAGAUCACCAAGAAGGCCCAAAAGGAGGCACACACUCGUCAUCGAUCUCUCUCUGUUGGUUUUCGAUUCGAUUCUGCGCCGGCCUUUCUUGUUCGUGUUCGCUCUCAAAUUUUUAGGGUUUUGGGAUGAAAAUCAGUAAAACAGAGGUGAAUUUGAAGAGGCUGCUUGCAGCUGCUCCUCAGCAACAAAACCAGGCAAAACUUUCGCAUUAUGUUGCUACUUUACGAGAACAGGUAGAGCAGCUAGCUGAAGAGAGAACACCGGAAGGGUUACCUAGAGUUUCAAAGGCUGUUUUGAGUGACUAUUCAGAGAAGAUCGAAGCCAUAGCUUUGAAAUUAGCUGCUCCGUUGCCUAAUUUGCAAGAACCCCAGGAGUCCCUGGCAAGAAUUUCGGUUAAAGCAAAGUCUUCUGAAACAGGAGACAAUCAGAGUCCCCAUUCUCCAGGUCUGAGAAGAAGAUUUGUGCCCAACUCAAACAACCAAGAUGGAACUCGUGAGACUCUUAGUGCAGAUUCUUCGGCACCUGUCAAACUUGACGCUGCAGCUCAAGCACACAUUGAAAAGCAUAGGAGACUUCAGGAGGAUUUGACUGAUGAAAUGGUUGGGUUGGCAAGGCAACUUAAAGAGACUAGUCUCAUGAUGAGCCACUCCGUGCAAAACACUGAAAAACUCCUUGACUCUACAGAGGAGGCUGUAGAAAGGAGCUUGGCAAGCACUGGUCAUGCCACUGCACGGGCAUCCGAUAUAUACUCAAAGACCUCCAAGACUUCGUGUUUCACAUGGCUUUUGAUGUUUCUAAUGACAUGUAUAUUCAUCAUGGUGGUACUUUUAAUUCGUGUCACUUAGAGUAUCCUUAGGUAGGAAGACGAAGACAGGUUUCACAUGGCUUUUGAUGUUUCUAAUGACGUGUAUAUUCAUCAUGGAGGUACUUUUAAUUCGAGUCA